AUGGCGCCAAAAUCCUUCAACCCCAAAACCCAAACCUACUCCUCCCCACGACCUCCCGUCCCCUUCCCCACAGACCCCAACCUCUCCCUCACCUCCUUCCUCUUCCAAUCCUCCACCUCCUUCCCCAACAACCUUGCCCUCGCCGACUCCGACACCGCCGAAACUCUAACCUUCCUCCAGCUUAAAUCCCUAGUCUCCAAGCUCGCUCACGCCUUGCUCAACCUCAACAUCAAGAAAAACGACGUCGUCCUCAUCUUCGCCCCCAACUCCAUCCACUUCCCCGUCUGCUUCUUCUCAAUCGUCGCAAUCGGUGCCAUUGCCACCACCUGCAAUCCUCAGUACACCGUCUCCGAGCUCUCAAGUCAAGUCAACGACUGUGACCCCAAGCUCGUCAUCACCGUCCCCGAACUCUGGCCUAAGAUCAAGGGCUUCAAUCUCCCGACGAUACUAGUGGGAUCUUCAAUCGGGGAUCCAAAUCCAAGAGUACGUUACUUUUCCGAUUUGGUCAAAAUUUCGGAGGAUCCGGAUCCGAUUUCAAAUUUACCGGCGAUUAGUGUGAAGCAGAGUGACAUGGCGGCGCUGCUUUACUCGUCCGGGACGACGGGGAAGAGCAAGGGAGUGAUUCUGACGCAUCGAAACUUCAUUACGACGUCGUUGAUGGUGACGGCGGAUCAGGACCGGUACGGCGAGCCGAGAAACGUGUUCUUGUGCAUCGUCCCGAUGUUUCACAUAUUCGGGCUCUCGGUGAUCGCGUACUCGCAGCUGCGGCGAGGGAACGCCGUCGUUUCGAUGGCGAAGUUUGAGAUCGACAGGGCGCUGAAGGCGGUUGAGAAGUACAGGGUCACUCAUUUGUUCGUCGCUCCGCCGGUGAUGAUCGCGCUGGCGAAGCAGAGCGUUGUGGAGAAGUACGACUUGUCGUCGCUUGAGUUCAUCGCGUCUGGCGCGGCGCCGCUGGGGAAGGAUUUGAUGGAGGAGUGCGCCAAGAAUAUUCCACAGGCUGUCGUUGGUCAGGGUUAUGGUUUGACAGAAACUGGCGGGAUUGUUUCACUAGAGAAUUUCAGAGAAGGAUCUCGAUUUUCUGGAUCAAGCGGCAUUCUUGUUUCAGGAAUAGAAUCCCAGAUAGUUAGUACAGAUACCCUCAAGUCUCUUCCACCUAAUCAGUUGGGAGAAAUAUUGGUCAGAGGACCCAAUAUGAUGCCAGGUUAUUAUAAUAACCCAGAAGCCACAAAGUUGACUAAAGAUGAACAAGGUUGGGUGCACACUGGAGACCUUGGAUAUUUUGACGAGGAGGGGCAGUUGUUUGUUGUGGAUCGAAUUAAAGAGCUCAUCAAGUGUUACGGUUUUCAGGUGGCCCCGGCGGAACUUGAAGGGCUGUUGCUUUCUCACCCUGAAAUAUUGGAUGCUGUUGUGAUCCCAUAUCCUGAUGAGAAAGCUGGUGAGGUUCCAGUUGCAUAUGUUGUUCGUGCGCCCAACAGCUCGAUAACCCAGCAAGACAUUCAGAAAUUCAUUGACAAGCAGGUUGCACCUUUCAAAAGAUUGCGGAGAGUAACUUUUAUAAACAGUGUGCCAAAGUCUGCUGCAGGAAAGAUUUUGAGAAGGGAGCUUAUUCAGAAAGUUCGGUCCAAAAUAUAA